GCACCUGCGCAGCCAUCUUGUACUUCGAGCGAGAGGAUAGGACAGAAAGAAAGAAUAGCUGGGAAAAUAACGUACUGAUAUUGGAAUAUCCAGGAAUGACCGUCAAAUAAAACCGACAGAACGACACUUUUAGGACUUUAAAUAAGUGAGCUUGCCACCGACAGGUCAAAAAGAAUCUUAACAAGUGCCUCGGAGAAUUCAGACUCACAAGUCAUUCUUUUGCCUCAAAGCGGAGCUCGAGAGGAGGAAGGAACAGUGUCAAAUCGACAGAAAACAGCCCGGCCCUCAGUUACACCAUGAAUCCCGAAUAUGACUACCUGUUCAAACUCCUCCUUAUUGGCGACUCUGGUGUUGGGAAAUCUUGCCUUUUGUUGCGAUUUGCUGAUGACACUUAUACAGAGAGCUAUAUCAGCACCAUUGGAGUCGACUUUAAAAUCCGCACCAUAGAGCUGGACGGCAAGACCAUCAAGCUACAGAUUUGGGAUACUGCAGGCCAGGAGCGAUUCCGCACCAUCACCUCCAGCUACUACCGCGGAGCCCACGGCAUCAUUGUCGUCUAUGAUGUCACAGAUCAGGUGGGUGAUCACGUGACAGACGCAAGGGAACUGGGGGGAUUUGCGGGGUGCUCUGGGCCGGGGGCUCGUGGAAUCCUCAGUGUUGCUUAG